AUGUCUUGUUUUUGGGUGUCGUCAGAUAAAUUAUCUAUUUUAUACCGACUAAUAUGUGCCAAUGCCUGUGCUAAACCUAUCAUAAACUCUGGAUUCAGCGGUCCUUUGCCAUCUUGUGAAUGUCAAGAUGGCUAUUUUAACAGACCUAAUUGUCAAAAGGUUACACCGCCGAGAAUCGUUGAUUUUAAGAACAAGCGAGUGAAUCCUGGAGAACAUACGACCUUCAACUGCACAAUCUCAGCAUUUCCGACACCGCGGCAAAACGAUAUUACGCUGGAAAGCACGUCCGGUAAGAAAGCAAUCCUCAGGGAAUCGAAAGUAUUGCGGACGUUCAAGUACAGUCGGGCGAAUAUUUUCCACGUGAAUUCAGUGGCCAAGGGAGAGAAAUACACGUGUCUCAUGAACGGAAUCGCUGGGAAGACAUCCUUAACUAUUCCCGUAGAUCUGUAUGAAACUCCAAGGCUGAAUUCAAAACCUCGGGUUCCGCCAGAAUUGAUUGGCGCCAUAAACAUGACAAUCGAAUGGCCACCUUGGAAUCCUCGAAACGGUGAUACGGGGGAUCCCCCAAUUUUAUGGUACAGCAUUUGGGUGAAGACAUCCCUCGAAAAGAAUUUCAGAAUGAUGGGUUAUGUGUAUCACACAUUUUGCCGCGGGAAGCGCGUAUGUUCUUUCAACAUUCCUGAGCUUCGGCCUAGCACGGAAUACGAAAUUUACAUUGUAACCAAACGAGACGGCGAUGGUGGCAGAGGGCCACCGGGACCACAUAUCUUCGCGAAAACACUCUGCAGUCAACCGGACCUGCCUCCCAAAAUAGAACAAGUUAUGAGUUCUGCGGAGCACAAUCUGUCAUACCCCAAAACUAAGCUUACAGUCACGUGGAAGUAUAAACAUGAGAACUUAGACACACAUACAUUUUUUAUUUACUAUCUAUCUCUCUAUCUAUCUAUCCCAGUUUUCUAA